UCAGCACAAAGAAGACUUUUGAGUCGGCACCGAGGUCCAAAGGUAAGGCAGACAAUGUGCAGAAACACAACAAUGCAUAUCAUAAUUAUAUUGACUGUCCCUCAAUCUUCCAAAAUGAUCUGUUGCUUUUGUAUUAUUAGUUUCUGUCUGUCUGUACAUUUUCAAAAUGCUCCCACAUAAACUCAUCAAUUAACACUUUAUGCCUCCUGCCUGAUGUUUCAGAUGAUCAAACACAAAAAGAUAUGCAAAAGAGAGACAGUCUGCCAAUGGGUGCCAAGGUGAAUCCAUCAUUACUCUUUUCUUAUUUGUCCUUGUAGCAUCGUCCUAACAGGUAACAUCCCCAGUUUCAAAUAAAUAUUUACAUAUGCAUAUUUGCAUGUGUAUAGUGUAAUAUAAUAUAGUGUGCACUUAAGUACCAGACAACUUUGAUUGAGUGAUGCGAGGAUCAUUUCAACACUUCUGAUAAUGUUAUUUCUUUAAGCAUCUGCUGCCCCCUAGUGGCUGAAGACGAGUAUAUCAUUAAAGAUAAUUAAAUUAAAAAACAUUUUAGCGAGGCAUCCUUGUGUCAGUGGUCUUUGAGCUUAGUGUUCAUCCCCUUUGAGACCUUAAACGAGUAAAAGACAAGAAAGUUUACAUGAGCUGUCGCUCUGCUGUCUGUCUGCUCGGCUGAAUCAGCUCCAGGCUUUCUGAAGGGAACCUGCAGAUUUAGAAAAAGACAUACAAGCAAAAGAGGAACAUGGCACAUGAUUGUGUGUAAACUUAGUAUUUUAGCAUGUGUAUGUGUGUUUAAUCCAGGAUCAUCAGUGAUGCAUAUAAAGGAUAACAUGCAGAAUGAGUUUUUAGCGUCAUAAGAGUUUAUGGGCCUACCAGAAAUUCUGGAAGGGUCAUAACAUUUUCUUCAGCAAGAAAUAGAUACAGCUUCCACUUUCAGACAUUAUAGCUUUUGGGGAGGAAACACCACUUUUCUACUUGUAAUUAAUGAUUUUCUAAAAGAAAUCAAACACCCUGGAAGCAUCGUUUUGAUAACACGAAACAUAAAAGAGAUGGGUAAGCUCACUAAGUCAUUUAUCGAGACCCCAAGUUCAUUUCCAUGUGUCCUUGGGUUAAAACACUUGAACUGCUCCAACGGGCUGUGCCCGCGGUCUAUUACGUAUGAAUGAAUGUCUAAAUGAGUCUGGACCAUGAAAGGGCCCAACAGCACGCGCCCGGGGCAGUUCUCAGAUGCCUCGGCCCAGUUUGAACGCGACCUUAUAUCAGCUGAGAGGAUUAAUGCAGCCUAAAGGUGGAGCAAAAAUUGCGAAGGUUUGCACGGUAAUCCUUUGAGCUCCGAGGGAGGCAGAGGGAGAGGGAGGCAGAGAGACAUGUCCAACUCUUUGUGGCGCAUGUUGUGAAGGACCGUUUUCCCAAAGGAAGAGAUGUUUUAUCUACGACUGUUUAAUGGCAACAUUUGCGCCUGAGCUCUUUAUCCUCAGGGAGUAGAAAUGGAGCCCAAACUUCUGCUGCCCAUCGUUUUAGCGGCAAGCCUCCUCUCGCUUGAGCUGUCAGGGGCCUCAGCUACAGAAAUAAAAGCUCAAGGGAAGAACAUCUCAGAUGUGACACCAGCGGGGCAGUGUGGGACCUGGGUAAAGGAGCCGGACUGGGGGUAUUUCACCUCUCCCAACUACCCUCAGAAAUACCCUCCUGAGAAGGAAUGUGUCUACAUCAUAGAAGCCUCUCCCCGACAGUGCAUCGACUUGUUCUUCGACGACAAGUACUCCAUCGAGCCGUCCUGGGAGUGUAAGUUCGACCACAUCGAGGUGCGCGACGGGCCGUUCGGUUUCUCCCCCAUCCUCGGCCGCUUCUGCGGGGAAGACAGCCCGGCCAGCGUCCGCUCCAGCGGGAGGUACCUGUACAUCAAGUUUGUGGCUGAUGGUGAGCUGGAGGCCAUCGGAUUCUCUGCGCGGUACAACUUCACCCAAGAUCCGGAGUUCAAGGGGCUUGGAGAAUUGCCACCUCUGCCAUUUUGUGAGUUUGAGAUGAGCGGUCCGGAAGGCUACGUGGAAUCCGUACAGAUAACCGGAGAGGGCCGGGCGCUGCCGACUGAGGCUGUGGACUGCCGGUGGUACAUCAAAGCUCCGCCGAAAUCAAGGAUCUACAUGCGCUUUCUGGAGUAUGAGAUGCACAACUCUAAUGAAUGCAAGAGGAACUUUGUUGCCAUCUAUGAUGGCAGCAGUUCCGUUGAACACCUGAAGAAUAAAUUCUGCUCCACUGUGGCCAAUGAUGUCAUGCUGGUGUCCUCUGUGGGCGUGGUGAGACUGUGGGCAGACGAGGGAAGCAGGAAGAGCAAAUUCAGGAUCCUAUUCACAACUUUCCAUGAGCCUCCGUGUGGAGCAGAAACCUUCUUUUGCCACAGCAACAUGUGCAUCAACCAGACCCUGGUGUGCAACGGCAUCCAGAACUGCGUUUACCCAUGGGACGAGAAUCACUGCAAAGAGAAGAGGAAAGCCAGCAUCCUCGACACGCUGGAUAACACUAACAUCACCAUCAUUACGGUGACCUGUGGCCUGGUCGUCAUCCUGCUCGUCAUCUCCGUCAUCAUCCAGGUCAAACAGCCACGCAAGAAGUACAUCAUCCGCAGAGAUGACUUUGACCCUGCCCUCCUCCACCCCGGCCUUGAGCCCCCUCACUACGAGCUCUGCACUCUGCGCCGCGACCCGUCCGGCGACCUGACCGAUGCCGCCAUGGCCGAGGACUACGAGAAGCUCCACAAGCUCCGCCGCUCCUCCUCCAAGUGCAUCCGCGAUCACCACUGCGGAUCCUUCCAGGGAAGCGUCCACGGCAGCCGCAGCAACCUGAGCUUGAGGGACGCCACCAUCGCGGCCGAGCCACAGGCGAUGGUGGGCCAGCAGUCGCCGGGCCUCCCCCAACACGCUGCGCCGACAGGACGAAGGAGCGUCCUGGUGAUGAAGCAUAGUUAUUCUCAGGACGGGGCGGAGGGGUACAGGGCGGAGGAGGAGGAUUCGAUGGUGGAUGAUUGUCCCGCCACCAGCCUGCACCACAUGCACCACCACCAGAUCUACAGAGGCCCGUCGGGGCUGGACCACGCUGUCCACCGCACACUUUCUAACGACUUCUAAUAAAGAUGUAGGUGAGACAGUUUAACAUACAAAGUUAUGCUGCUCUUUACAGCUCUUGUUAGGGUUUCUCAGUCGCAAAUAAAAUUUAUAUCGCUUGAAACAAGAAUAGGAUGGACUGGAGCUGUAUCUAGAGAAAAAUAUCCCUCUACCAAAGAAAUUAGGUGCAGCUUGGGCUUGGGAGUGUCAGGGAAAUAAACAGUUGAACACAUGAACGGAUGAAAAGAGGAUUUAUUGUACAUACGUUGAGAUAAAUUGAAUUCCCACAUAUUCUAACUCCUUUUUGUGUUGAGCUUAACUUCAAAAAUAAGUAUGAAUCGACGGAUGUUAUCAAGAACAGUAUAUGAUGGAAACAUAAACUAUUAGUCACAGCUAAUAUAUCACAGUCAAAUAUAUAUAUAAUUUAAUUGAUUGAAUGUAUUUAUUAAUGCUUGUUUUUUGUGUAAGACUUGUCCCAGUUAAUUAUAUGUAUGUUUCUGUUUAUUGUUUUCAUUAAACAUAUUCUUCUUCCUCUA